AUGCAGCUUCAUCCUCAGCUGCUGCAGAGGCCUCAGGCGUCUCCUCCACAGACCCUUCACAAAGAGCAGGUGGAGGGGCGCUGCAUAAAAAAGUACCUGAGGACUGUUUCCCAGAAGCUCAAGAGGCCCAAGCUGCAGAGUCGGAGCAGCACCCCAUCAUUACUACAUGAUGUGUGUGAGGCUGAAGCAGCUGCACCCACUGAACUCCCACGACUACAAUGGGCCCCACCUCAGGAGGUCCCCUUAUGGGACAUCAGCAACUGUUCCCUUGAGGAUGGACAAAUUGUCAUACCCCCAGAGGAAGAGCCAACAAUGUGGACCCGAAAUCGUGUCAGCAGUUGCCUGUCCAACCUCAGCAUGCAGAACCUUGUAGAUAUCGACACAGAAUGUAGCCCUGACCAUGUGGACAUGCCAGGUGGUCCUCGACCAAAGAGCCAAGACACUGGUGUGAAAGCGCUGAUUAAGCGACGUCUGGAGAACAAGACCAAGAGGCACAGCGCCCCACUAGGACUAACCAAAGGAAACAAGCACUAUGGAUCCCGAGAGUCUGUGUCAAUUCCAGUUGGUGCAGUGGGGAAUCUAGACCUGAGUGCAGACACCAGCACUGUCAUCAGACCAGUUCACAGCUCCAUUCUGGGGGAGAAGUACUGCUUUGAGGUGAUCAACUCUGAGAACACUCACUGCUUUGGCUGCUCCUCAGCUGCUGAACGUGACCGCUGGAUUGAGGACCUAAGACGCGCUGCCCAGCCCAAUAAAGAUAACAUUGAACGCACAGAGUACUCCCUGAGUCUGUGGGUAAAUGAAGCUAAGGAUCUGCCACCCAAACGGCGUUAUUACUGUGAGGUACACUUGGACGGGACCUUGUUCGCCCGUACCAGCAGACGAGCUGUUGGCAAGCCAUCUAACAACUCCGGUCUGGCAGGGGACAGCUCUACUGGAUCUUCAGGAGGCCUGGGGGCCAGUGGAGGUGUGGCUGGAGGGUGUCAACUAUUCUGGGGUGAAUUCUUUGAGCUGGAUAACCUGCCCUGCGUCUCUCAAAUCACCUUACACCUCUUCCGCGAAGAGGACCCCAAGAAAAAGCGCCACUCUCGAGAUGAAUCCAGCCUGCAGCCACUGGGAAGUGUGCCCAUACCUUUGGCUGAUAUCCGAGGGAGAACCUAUCAGGAGAAGUGGUAUCCGAUUACUCCAUACAAGGCCUCGGGCACAGCAGGAAACAAAGAGCUGCUGGGACCACAGGCAUCACUGCGCAUCAAGGCCCGUUUCCAGAAUCUGCAGGUGCUGCCAAUGGAGAAAUACAAAGAGUUUGCUGAGUAUGUGACGGUGGAUUAUGUGGAAAUGUGCAGAAGUCUAGAGCCACUUCUGAAUGUCAAGGAGAAGGAAGAGCUGGCGGGAGCUCUGGUCCAUGUACUGCAGAGUAUUGGAAAAGCCAAGGAGUUCCUCAUUGAUUUGGGCAGUGCAGAGGUGGAGCGUCUUGGAGAGAAGGAGGCACUGAUCUUCAGAGAGAACACACUUGCCACUAAAGCCAUAGAUGAAUAUAUGAAGCUUGUUGGUCAGAAGUACCUCAUUGACACACUAGGAGACUUUAUCACCCGUCUUUAUGCCUCUGUGGAGAACUGUGAAGUUGAUCCUCGUAAAUGUCCUGCCUCUGAACUGGCAAACAACCAGAAGCACUUAAGGGAAACCUGUGACGAGGUGGUGCAGAAGAUUAUUGAGAUCCAUGGACCCUUUCCAGAAGAGUUAAACAAGAUCUUCUCCAGUUGGGCGGAGCUGUGUGAAGACCAAGGCAGACCAGAGAUUGGCCAACGUCUCAUCUCUGCUUCCCUCUUCCUUCGCUUCUUAUGUCCUGCUAUCCUCAGUCCUUCUCUUUUUGGUCUAACACAGUCUUAUCCAGAGCCAAAUACCCUGCGUACCCUCACCUUAACUGCCAAAGUCAUCCAGAAUUUGGCCAACUUCACCCUGUUUGGUGAGAAGGAAGAGUACAUGCUCUUUAUGAAUGAAUUCCUGCAGCAGCACUGGGAUGGAAUGAGGGGAUUUCUACAGACAGUGUCCAAUCAAGACACUGAAAUCCCAAUGACUUCCUUUGAUGGCUAUGUCGAUCUGCCUCUGCGCUUGGCUGUGCUCCAUGGCCUGCUAGUAGACAUCAUCUAUCAGAGGGACCAGGACACAAUUGACAAGCUGCACCCUCUGCCUUCAAUUCUGAACCAGAUAACAGAGUCACUCGGCCCAGAAGCACCUCGGAUCAUAGUUAGCAGCCAAAUGGGACAAGCCAAGCCAGUUUAUGUUCCUCCUAAAGAUUUGGGCAAGUAUAGCCCUCACCAGUCAUCCCUCCAGCAGCUGCCUGUGGACACCAAAGGCCCAAGAGAAGGGGAUGGCAAGACUCACAGGAGCAUGAGAGAGAGGAAGCCAGUCACCAGAACUCAGAGUGCUCCACACAGACGUCCCGGUCAUCCAAAACAUGCCCUGAAGAGACAGACAAGUUCUGAAGCUCUGCCAACAUCUGACCAUGAACAAGAGAUGGAGACCAACCAGCCACUUAUCUCACCACCAAAUACCAGUGCUAGCAUCAAACGCCAACCUGCACCAGUUCCCUGGAUCAAAGUUAUCCACAACAGAGAGUCAAGUGAGAUGAAGACUGAGCAUGAGGAGUUCAGCUUAUUGGACAGGCAUGCUCAAGAGCUGUCAGAGCUUCGUCUGGGCAUAGAGCAGGUGACAGAACGUGAGCUGGACAUGGCAAAGCGCCUGGAGGACUUCAUCAUCCAAAGCCAGGACCAGAAUACAAUGCUGCAGGCUGAGGUGAACGAGCUCCGGAAUCUGCUGGCUGUGCGAGAGGAGCAGCUUGCUAGUGCCACCUUCAGGCUGGGUGUAAUUGAGGAGGAAAGGGAGGAGGAUGAGAGGAAGCUAAGUGUUGCCAUUGCAGCAGCUGAGCGAAUGAACGUACUGGAGGAGCAGUUUGCAGGCCUGCUGAGGGAUCUUCACCAGCUCAGUGAGGCCUACAACAGUGGCCAAAACAACAUACAGCAUUCUGAAAAGCCACACAUCAACAGCAACUGAGCCCUGAUGUCUUCACUAUCACAAUUUUGUAUAAAAACAUAUAUAAAGUUCAUGUGGAAACCACUGCCUGAAGUUUCCAUUUUGGUUUCCUGGUUAGAUGUAAGUUUAUUCUAUAAACAUACUCACAAUAGAUCAAGAGCCAGCAAACUCUGGCUCAGCUGAACAUGAGACCUACAGAAUUUGUCUGCUUUCAGCUUUUACUGUAUCUCAGCUACAGAUGCAUUUGACUUUAAAACCUUACUGAUAAAUAAAAUAAAUACAACCUGAA